GCUCGGCAGGUGACAGCCGCGGGGCUCCGAGCGGCCGGCGGCACGGACGCACCGGGGGAGCGGGAGGGCGAGGCCGCGGACAUUUUGCUGGCGAGCCGAGCCGCGCCGUGGUGCCGGGAGCCGUUCGGACCUGUGGAGUCUGGCCACAGAUAAGGGACCAAAAUGACUGACUCAAAGUAUUUCACCACGACCAAGAAAGGAGAGAUCUUCGAGCUGAAGGCAGAGCUCAACAGUGACAAGAAGGAGAAGAAGAAGGAGGCGGUAAAGAAAGUGAUUGCGUCAAUGACCGUGGGCAAAGAUGUCAGUGCCCUCUUCCCUGACGUGGUGAACUGUAUGCAGACAGACAACCUAGAGCUGAAGAAGCUGGUGUACUUGUAUUUGAUGAACUACGCCAAGAGUCAGCCCGACAUGGCCAUCAUGGCUGUCAACACCUUUGUGAAGGAUUGUGAGGAUCCUAAUCCCCUGAUCCGGGCCCUGGCUGUGCGGACCAUGGGCUGUAUCCGCGUUGACAAGAUCACAGAGUACCUGUGUGAGCCACUCCGGAAGUGCCUGAAGGACGAGGACCCAUACGUGCGCAAAACAGCGGCUGUGUGUGUAGCCAAGCUCCACGACAUCAAUGCCCAGCUGGUAGAGGACCAGGGCUUCCUGGACACCCUGAAAGACCUCAUCUCUGACUCGAACCCCAUGGUGGUGGCAAACGCAGUGGCUGCCCUCUCAGAGAUCGCUGAGUCUCACCCCAGCAGCAACCUGCUUGAUCUGAACCCGCAGUCCAUUAAUAAGCUGCUGACAGCCCUGAACGAGUGCACCGAGUGGGGCCAGAUCUUCAUCCUGGACUGCCUGGCCAACUAUACGCCCAAGGAUGACCGGGAGGCCCAGAGCAUCUGCGAGCGGGUCACCCCCAGGCUCUCCCACGCCAACUCUGCUGUGGUGCUGUCUGCUGUGAAGGUGCUGAUGAAGUUCAUGGAGAUGUUGUCCAAGGACCUGGACUACUAUGGCACGCUGCUGAAGAAGCUGGCCCCGCCCCUGGUCACGCUGCUGUCAGCCGAGCCUGAGCUGCAGUACGUGGCCCUGCGCAACAUCAACCUCAUCGUACAGAAAAGGCCUGAGAUCCUGAAGCACGAAAUGAAGGUCUUCUUUGUGAAAUACAAUGACCCCAUCUACGUGAAGCUGGAGAAGCUGGACAUCAUGAUCCGCCUGGCCUCCCAGGCCAACAUCGCCCAGGUCCUGGCAGAGUUGAAAGAGUAUGCAACAGAGGUGGAUGUGGACUUUGUACGGAAGGCUGUGCGAGCCAUUGGGCGCUGUGCCAUCAAGGUGGAGCAAUCUGCAGAGCGCUGUGUGAGCACGCUGCUCGAUCUCAUCCAGACCAAGGUCAACUACGUGGUCCAGGAAGCCAUUGUGGUCAUCAAGGACAUCUUCCGCAAGUACCCCAACAAGUAUGAGAGCGUGAUUGCCACACUGUGUGAGAACCUAGACUCCCUGGAUGAGCCUGAGGCCCGGGCUGCCAUGAUUUGGAUUGUAGGCGAGUACGCCGAGCGAAUUGACAACGCUGAUGAGCUGCUGGAGAGCUUCCUGGAGGGCUUCCAUGAUGAGAGCACCCAGGUCCAGCUGCAGCUACUGACAGCCAUCGUGAAACUGUUUCUGAAGAAGCCUACAGAGACCCAGGAGCUGGUGCAGCAGGUCCUCAGCUUGGCCACUCAGGACUCUGAUAACCCGGACUUGCGGGACCGUGGCUACAUCUACUGGCGUCUGCUCUCCACGGACCCAGUGGCUGCCAAGGAGGUGGUGUUGGCUGAGAAGCCACUCAUCUCUGAAGAGACGGACCUCAUUGAGCCCACACUGCUGGACGAGCUCAUCUGCUACAUUGGCACCCUGGCGUCUGUCUACCAUAAGCCUCCCAGUGCCUUUGUGGAGGGGGGCCGGGGCGUUGUGCACAAGAGCCUGCCACCUCGCACUGCCUCGAGCGAGAGCACAGAGAGCCCUGAGACGGCCCCUGCCGGAGCGCCCUCUAGUGAGCAGCCAGAUGUCAUCCCCACCCAAGGCGACCUGCUGGGUGACCUCCUCAACCUGGACCUUGGCCCCCCGGUGAGCGGCCCACCCCUGGCCACCUCCUCAGUGCAGAUGGGAGCUGUGGACCUUCUUGGUGGAGGCCUCGACAGCCUGAUGGGGGAUGAGCCUGAAGGGAUUGGGGGCCCCAACUUUGUGGCACCCCCAGCAGCAGCAGUCCCAGCCAACCUAGGAGCAUCCAUGGGCAGUGGCCUGAGUGACCUCUUUGACCUGACCAGUGGCGUGGGCACACUGUCAGGGUCGUAUGUGGCCCCCAAAGCAGUGUGGCUUCCGGCCAUGAAGGCCAAGGGCUUGGAGAUUUCAGGUACCUUCACCCGCCAGGUGGGCUCCAUCUCCAUGGACCUGCAGCUGACCAACAAGGCCCUACAGGUCAUGACUGACUUUGCCAUCCAGUUUAACCGCAACAGCUUCGGCCUGGCCCCUGCUGCCCCCCUCCAGGUGCACGCACCACUCAGCCCCAACCAGACUGUGGAGAUAUCCCUGCCUCUCAACACGGUGGGCUCGGUCAUGAAGAUGGAGCCUCUGAACAACCUCCAGGUGGCCGUGAAGAACAACAUUGACGUCUUCUACUUCAGCACUUUGUACCCACUGCACAUCCUCUUUGUGGAGGAUGGGAAGAUGGACCGGCAGAUGUUCCUGGCCACGUGGAAGGACAUUCCCAAUGAAAAUGAAGCCCAGUUCCAGAUCAGAGACUGCCCCCUCAAUGCGGAGGCUGUAAGCGGCAGACUACAGAGCAGCAACAUCUUCACGGUUGCCAAGAGGAAUGUGGAGGGCCAGGACAUGCUCUACCAGUCCCUGAAGCUGACCAAUGGCAUCUGGGUGCUGGCGGAGCUGCGUAUCCAGCCGGGCAACCCCAGCUUCACGGACCUGGAGCUGUCCCUGAAAUGUCGAGCGCCAGAGGUGUCCCAACACGUGUACCAGGCCUACGAGACCAUCCUCAAGAACUGAGGCCCCAUCCAGUGCCCACCCCAGCCUUCUGCCAGCCCCAACAAGGAGUCCCCUGGGAGUGGCAGCACCUCCUUUCUGGAGAGGCCGAGCAAGGCUCCUGGCCACCAUGGAGUUCCCUGGUCCUGACUGCCGGGCCCGCGUGGGUCCUCAGGGCAGGGCAGCAUUCCUCCUGGAGUGAAAUCGCAGUGUACCCCUGUGCUCGGGGACUCCCCUCUUCCGUUGCUGCUGACAGGGUCAGGUGAGGAGGAGGCCAAAGGACAUAGAGCCAGAGAGGCCACAGAAGCUGACCGGGCAGACCUGGGGUUCUUCUCUUCCUUUUCCCGACCGAUGCCUGCAGGCGAC